AAUAAACAGUUGUAGUAGUUAUUAGUUAGCACUGUUAGCAGGUACAACUAAAACAAAACUACUACGUUUUCAAUUUUUUUUUUAAUUUCAUUAUGAUUUUUUGCUUAAUCUUUAUUUAUUUAUUUUAAUUAAUUUACAGUAUUUACUAUUUAUAAUGUUUUUAUAGAAAAGUUAUGAGCUUUUAUUAGUUUUAAAUUUUGAGUGUUAAAAAUUUUUAGGUACCUACCUACUAUGGACAUUUGUAAUUCAGAUGAUAGUGUUGAUGUAUGUUAUACAAUUUAUUGGUUUUACAAAGAUUGUCAAAGGAAGAAAUUUGUACUAAAUACCAAAAUGAAAUCAUUCAAAUAAAAAAAGAAAAUGAAGAAUUACUUAAUAAAGAAAAGAUUUGGGAGGAAAAAUUUACUGACCAGCAGCGCUUAUAUGAACAUUCAGAAAGACAGGAAUUGCUGAAUAAGAAUAAAGAAUUACAAGAAGCAGAAUCAGUAAUUAUCAACCAAAAAGAAAAAAUUCACAUAUUAAAUGCUCAACAAAAAGAUGAAAUUGAAGCUUUGCAGAAAACACUUCAAAGUAAUAAACAUGCAUUAGAUGCAAUGAAAAAAACCUUAGACAAUGAAAAAGCAUUUAGGAUUUGUGCCGAUCAAGAAAAAACAAAUCUUAAAGAACAGAUAAAAUGUAAUACAAUAAAGUAUAAAUCUUUAGAAAAUGAAAACAAAAAAUUACAAAGUGAUAAAUUAAAAUUGGAAGAAGCCCAAAGUAAAAUUAAACAACAAUGUAAUGAAUUAUUACAGAAAAAUAUUUCGUUAGAAAAUCAUUGUGAAAAAAGGGAACAAGUAUUUGAUGGUCAAACAAAUUUAAUUAACAAAUUGGAAAACAAUAUUACUGUAAUAAAUGAAAAGUUAAAUAAUUAUGUGGAAACCGAAGAAGAAAAUAACAAAUUACGUAAACAAAUAAAAUUAUUUUCUAAACAAAUGGAAACUUAUGAAAAUGAACGAGAAGUAUAUGUACAAAGAUUACAAAAUAUGCAGAAAGAAGAAAAUGUGUUCAAAUGUAUUAUAAAUGACUUAAAGCAAGCAAUAGAUGUAAAAAAUAAUGAAAUCAACAAUCUUACCGAAAACACUACUAUUUUAAAUUCGAAAAAUUUAUUAUUAUCUUCUAAUAUAAAUAUUUUACAGGAAAACUUCACCAAUUGUCUAAAACUUUUAGAUGAAUUGUUUGAAAAUUAUGUAAAACAAAAUUCAAAAAUAGAAAAUAAUAAAUCACCUUUAAAGAUGAGACCCUUACUAAAUGAAACAUUUGAAUUGUUUGAACACACUUUAGCAGAAUAUAAAUUAUUUAAAUUAUCGUCUGAAAAUUCUGAGAAAACUUUAAAAGAUGAAAUUAAUCAAAAAGAAAAAAUCAUUUUAUCAUUAAAAGAUAAAAUGGAUAACUACAAACAGGAAAUCUUUGCAAAUGAAAUUACUAACCUUAAUUAUUCAGAAAUAAAGAACUCUACGAAGAACUCAAAUCUUAAGCAAACUCUAAAUGAGAACAUAGAUAAUAGUAAACUAAUUAUAAAUGUCGAACUUGAAAAAAACAUAAAAUAUCUUUAUACAAUUAAGAAUGAAAUAUUGCCAAAACAAAAAAUGUUAGUAUCAGAAUGCGUGGAAUUUAUGUUGAAAAAAAUUGAAGAAAUUGAAAUUUUAAACAUUUCCAAAAAUAGUUUUAUUGAAAAUGUACAUAUACAAAUUAUAAGUUUGAAAAAAGAAAUAGUGUGCAAAAAUAUAAACAUUAAAGAACUGAAAACAGAAGUAUUAAAUCUAAGAGAAUUAGUAACAGCAAAAGAUGCAUUGUGUAAUGAGAUGGAUAUGGAAUUACAAAACUUAAAAGAAAAUUUAGAUGAUUCAAGCUCUACAUCAAUAAGUAAAGGUGACAAUAUUUAUAAAAUGCGUGAAAUAGAUGAAAGUCAAGAAGACCGUUCACAAAAGUUAAAAGCCAUUGCUAUAAAACAAAAAAAACAAAUUGCCGAUUUAAAACAGUCCAUUGAAAAUGAAAUCAAGAAGCAUAGUUUAGAAAAAAGUGAAUUAAUGAAUAAGGUCAUAGCCUUAGCUGAACAAAGCAAACUUGCUCGAUGUUUACAACAACAAUAUGAUAUUAAAUGUGAUGAGUAUGAUAUUAAAUGUACGGAAAUCAAAGAAUUAUUUAAAAAAUGUAAACAAGAAGAAAAUCAACUAUUAGAACAAACAAAGCUAUGUACCAUAUUAAAAUCGGAUAUUGAAAUUUUAAAGAAUGACCUAUCAGUAGCUCAAAAUACUAUAAUUAGUUUAAAGGAAGUAGAAAAAUCUUUAAAUUCAAGACUUGAUAUUUUUAAGCAAGAAAAAUCAGCUGCUGAAAUACUUAAAACAGAUCGAGAAGCAUCAAUAAAAGAACUUUCAAAUAAUUUAAAAGUUUCAAAGGAAAAAAUUAAAUUAAUGGAAUCUGAAUUGGAGAAAUUAAAAACGGAAAAACAAAAAAUUAAUAUUCGAGACCUUGAAUUAAAUUCUUAUGAAAAAACUUUAGAUGAAUUAUCACAAAAAGUAAAAGAAGAAAAGCAACAUAGUCAGAAUCUAGAACAAGAACUUUCUAACGCCAACAGUGUUAUUGAUUCUUUGCAUGAACAAAUUAAACAUUUGGAACAUAUUAUUAUUACUGAACAAGAAAGAAAUAAACAAAAUUUACAUCAAGUAGAAGUAUGUAGAAUAGGGUUGAAUAACGCUGAAUCGUUAUUAAAUGAAAAAGAAAAUAAUUUAAUAGAAUGUCAAGUAGCUUUAAAUCAAGAAAAUAUAUUAAAUACAAAUUUGACUAGUAAAUAUGAUGAGUUACAAAAACUAUACGAAACUGAAAAAGAAAAUUAUCAAUUGCAACACUCACAGUUAACUGAAAAAAUUCGGCGACUGCAAGUGGAAAUAAAAACUGCUAAUGAAUCUAUUUCAAAGUACACAGAAGAAAAUCAAAGUUUACUUGAUGAGUUUGAAGCAUAUAAAGUAAGAGCUCAUAGUGUUUUUCAAAAACACAAACAAGAUACUGUGUUUCAUGGGAAAGUUGCUGAAUUAAGUGAACAAUUACAAGAAGUUACCAAAACUUUAAAUCUCUCAAAAAACAAUUUACAGAAUGUGUCGUCAGAAUUAUCUAAUAAAAAUAUAGAGAUGAUCUUGUUACAAAACGAAAUAGAUAAAUAUGAAAAAAAAUUAAGUUAUUUAACAAAGACAGUAUCAACAAAAGACAAAGAAAUAUAUCGUUUGAGUAAUGAAAUUGAAAAUAUUAAAUCCUUAUUGGAAAAAGAGAAGACAUCUUUAAACGAAAAUAUAUUGAGCGAACGAUUAGCACAUGAAAAUGAAAUUAACAGACUACAACAAGAAAUCCUUUUAGCUAAAGAAACAAAUUCCAAUGAAACAGAAUCAAACAUUGUGUUACCUGUUAUCGAAAAUAAACUUAAAAAAUCAACUUCUUCAAAUCAUAUUCAUGAUGAUGAUGAAAUGUUUUCAGAUUUUGCAAGUUCGAAUGAAUCUGUUCGAAAAAUCAGCAAAUCAACACUUAUGCCUUUGGCAGAUUUGUUAUCGUUUGAUAAUAAUAGUGUUAGUGACCCAAUUAGUGAAUUGAACACUAGUCAGAAACAAUUGAAACAAUUAACUAUGAUGUUAAAUGAUGCUGAAAAAAAUUGUUCUCGAUAUGAACAACAAAAUAAAUUUCUUAAAGAAGAUAUUAGACGAUUGCAGCGUAGCGUUGACAGACACGCUGAAAUACAAAACAUGGAAUAUUUAAAAAAUAUAAUUUUAAAGUUUAUAACUUUAUCGAGUGGAGUAGAAAAAUAUCACUUAGUACCAGUGAUAAACAAACUGCUCAAACUUAGUCCAGAUGAGCAGAAGCAAAUAGAGACUAUUGCUAAAGGAUCACUUGCAGACCAAAACUCAAGCUGGUCUAGUUUAUUUACUUGGUCACAAGGAACUUAGUUUACACUUAAAUUAAAUGAAUAUUUUAUGAAUCAUUGUAGAAGAGUGUAGGUUCUUAAUAUUAUUGCCACUAAUUUUUCACAUUAUCAAGUAUUCUAAGUAUUAUUAUUUUUUAAUGUUUCCAAAAAUAUGAUAUACAUGUGUCUAUACAUAUUUAAAUAUACAAAGUUAUUUGUUAAGCAAUAAGCAUCCUCAGUCCUCACUAUUUUGCAAUUUCAUUUUAAAAAUUUUAUUUUUUCAAUGUAUAUUCCAAGUUUUAUGUUAUAACAUCCGUAUUUAUUUAUAUUUGUAAUAAAAUAUUUUUGUUUAAAUUAAUUUGACAUCUAGCAAACUUUAAUUUAACUCGACAUCUAAAUAAGUUAUGAAAGUUGUAUCUUACCACUGUUUAAUUUUUUGUAAAUUAAAUUUAUGUAUUUAAGAGCAUUCCCUGUUGCCUUUCCUAAAUUAAAAUUCAAUUGUUAUACUUUGUAUUAUAAUAGUAUUUGUGUUUGGUAUUAUAAAUUUUGUCCUAAGAGUUAAAUAGUAUCUUAUAUAGUUAAUAAUUAAUAUUGUCGAUAAAAAAUAUUAUUUUAAUUGUAAUUUAUUAAUCUAUUAUGUACAAUGUACGUGUACGUGUACCUACUUAUUGUUUAUUGAUUCCUUUUAUAAAAUGUUUAUUAAAACUCAAUUUAUUGUAUUAUAUAUGAAAUCUAACCUCAAUAUUGUAUUACAUAAAAACAAAUUUUUUUCCAAAUAUAUUAUUGGGUACUUAUCAGUUUUUAGUAAAUUAAACACACAUUGACACAUCACAUAAUCUUCCUUUCGAU